GCAGAUCCGGCAGAUGGCGCUCCUGGACCUUCCAGGCUCGGCUCGCAGGCUUGCCCCUCCUGCACUGUGCAGUGCGGUGCGUCCCGGUCUUGUUUUCCACUCCUGCAUGAUGAGGCGGUGCGUGAGGCGCCAACGCAUCCCACCGGGCUGAGGAGGAGGACGAGGAGGUGGUGGAGGAGGAGGAGGCUAACGAAGCAGAGCAGACAGCUCCUGUCCGCGAAACGCACGCAGCUCCCUCAGUGAAAGAAAGAAAGAAAGAAAAAAAAAAAACCCACACAGGAGAAAGCAUGAAGAGCAGCGAGGCACUGAGGGGUACAUUUUCAUCUGCAGAGGACUGAGUGAAGCCGCAGGAUGGCGGGGGGGCGGAGGGGACUUGUGGCCCCCCAGAAUACUUUUUUGGAGAAUAUUGUCAGACGGUCGAACGACACCAACUUUGUCCUGGGCAACGCUCAGAUAGUGGACUGGCCCAUCGUCUACAGCAACGAUGGCUUCUGCAAGUUGUCAGGGUACCACAGGGCGGAGGUGAUGCAGAAAAGCAGCACCUGCAGCUUUAUGUACGGGGAGCUCACCGACAAGGACACGACGGAAAAAGUCCGACUAACGUUUGAGAAUUAUGAGAUGAACUCAUUUGAAAUCCUGAUGUACAAGAAGAACAGGACGCCGGUUUGGUUUUUUGUGAAGAUUGCUCCCAUUCGAAACGAGCAAGAGAAAGUGGUUCUGUUCCUCUGUACGUUCAGCGACAUCACGGCCUUCAAGCAGCCCAUUGAGGACGAUUCCUCCAAAGGUUGGGGGAAGUUUGCCCGAUUGACUCGAGCGCUAACAAGCAGCAGGGGAGUCUUACAGCAGCUACAACCUACAGUUCAUAAAGGAGAGAAUGUCCAUAAGCAUUCCCGCCUCGCUGAGGUGCUGCAGCUUGGCUCUGACAUCCUACCUCAGUACAAACAGGAGACCCCCAAGACCCCUCCUCACAUCAUCCUGCACUACUGCCUCUUUAAGACCACAUGGGACUGGGUCAUCCUCAUCCUCACCUUUUACACGGCCAUCAUGGUGCCCUACAACGUCUCCUUCAAGACGAAGCAGAACAACGUGGCCUGGCUGGUGGUGGACAGCAUCGUGGACGUCAUCUUCCUGGUGGACAUCGUCUUGAACUUUCACACCACCUUCGUGGGGCCCGCUGGCGAGGUCAUCUCGGACCCCAAGCUGAUCCGCAUGAACUACCUGAAGACCUGGUUCGUGAUCGACCUGCUCUCCUGCCUGCCCUAUGAUGUCAUCAAUGCCUUCGAGAAUGUGGACGAGGGGAUCAGCAGUCUGUUCAGCUCUCUUAAGGUAGUCCGGCUCCUCCGUUUGGGUCGAGUCGCCCGUAAACUGGACCACUACAUCGAAUACGGGGCGGCCGUCCUGGUGCUGCUGGUCUGUGUUUUUGGACUGGCAGCACACUGGCUGGCCUGCAUCUGGUAUAGCAUUGGAGACUACGAGGUGAUCGAUGAAGAAACCAACGUUGUCCGCAUGGACAGCUGGCUCUACAUCCUGGCUGAGACGAUGGGCAGGCCCUACCGCUUCAACACCACCGGUUCGGGAAAGUGGGAGGGCGGGCCCAACAAAGACUCGGUCUACAUCACCUCCCUGUACUUCACCAUGACCAGCCUGACCAGCAUCGGCUUCGGCAACAUCGCUCCGACGACGGACGGGGAGAAAAUCUUCGCUGUGGCCAUGAUGAUGAUUGGAUCCCUUCUUUACGCCACCAUCUUUGGUAACGUGACAACCAUCUUCCAGCAGAUGUAUGCCAACACUAAUCGCUACCAUGAGAUGCUCAACAGUGUCCGGGACUUCCUUAAACUCUAUCAGGUCCCCAAAGGCUUGAGUGAAAGAGUUAUGGACUAUAUCGCCUCUACCUGGUCCAUGUCACGGGGCAUAGACACUGAAAAGGUGUUGCAGAUUUGUCCAAAGGACAUGAGAGCAGAUAUUUGUGUUCACUUGAACCGCAAAGUUUUCAAAGAGCAUCCGGCUUUCCGACUGGCCAGUGACGGGUGUCUCAGGGCUCUGGCUAUGGAGUUUCAGACGAUCCACUGCGCUCCCGGUGACUUGAUCUACCACGCCGGCGAAAGUGUGGACAGCCUCUGUUUUGUGGUGUCUGGCUCCUUGGAAGUCAUUCAGGAUGACGAGGUGGUGGCUAUUUUAGGUAAAGGAGAUGUGUUUGGGGACGUUUUCUGGAAGGAGGUGACUCUGGCUCAGGCCUGCGCGAACGUCAGAGCGCUGACCUACUGCGACCUCCACGUCAUUAAGCGCGACGCCCUGCAGAAGGUUCUGGAGUUCUACACGGCGUUCGCCAACCACUUCUCCAGGAACCUGCUGCUCACUUACAACCUGAGAAAGAGGAUUGUCUUCCGGAAGAUCAGCGAUGUGAAACGGGAGGAGGAGGAGCGGCAGCGCCGUAAAAACGAAGCGCCUCUGAACCUGCCGCCGGAUCACCCGGUACGAAAACUCUUCCAGCGCUUCCGGCAGCAGAAGGAAGCCCGCAUGGCAACCCACAAACAGGAACUCAACGAACAGGACGUCGAGAAGGGUCCGGUCUACGUGGACGUGUCGAUGGUGAAAGCUCCUGUUACGACUACCAGCAUCGUCACGGUGACAGAAAGCCCAGCAACACCGUCCUCCUCGGCCCCUUCACCUUCAACGCCAACCAGCUGCCCCCCCACAGACAAGGCGAAGCUGCAGGUGCCUUCAGCAGUCGCUCUGGCGGCGUGCCGACCCGCAGAGCCGGUCAAAGUCAAAGGCUGGGGCCUCUUCAAGGAGUCCAUGGCCAAAGCCGACAACUGGAACAAGGUGGCUAAAGCCGAGUCCAUGGAGACUUUGCCCGAGCGGACCACUGAGCACGAGCCGCACACCACCCUCAAGAAGACGGACUCGUGCGACAGCGGGAUCACCAAAAGUGACCUACGCCUGGACAAAGUGGGCGAGUUCCGCAUGACUCCUCAGGACCGCAGUCCCGCCCAGCCUCCAGAAACCAGGCAUGCCUUCUACCCCAUCCCAGAGCAGACCCUCCAGGCCUCGCUUCAGGAGCUCAAGAUGGAGCUGAAGGAGGACAUCAAGAAGCUGGGCGUGCGAAUGUCCGGCCUGGAGACGCAGCUCGCCGAAGUGCUCCAGCUGCUCAGAGCCAGGAAAUCCAGUACCGGCUCGGAGCAGCCGCUUUUCGGCAUUUCGAGGCCCACCUCGCCGGAACUGGACAAGGAGGACAUUUUUUCAUGAGGAACAGGAGCGCUCGUCAGGUAACGGCAGUCCGUGAGCUCAGCCGGGGAUCCAGUGAUGUUGAUAUUGCUCGGAUAGCUGAGGCGGCGCACGGCGCACCAUCUGCAUGAGGCGGUCCGAGAGACCCACCGACCUCAACACGAGGUGUUCCUCAUGGUUAACGCGGGACCGUCAACGAUUACGGUAUUCGUAGCACUCAACGCUUGAAGGUUAUGUAGAAAUGACAGAAAAAUGUUUGUACAUAAUUUAUUUUUCCACUGUGCCAUGUUGGGUGGGGGGAAUACCGUGCUUAGUUCGAUUUUAUCUCAGAACUUACUGCAGAGUCUUAACUGUUGGGAAGCCCCAAUGGAGGCAGCAUGACCCGCUGGUUUGUUAUUGAAUCAUUCGUAUGAAACUCUUUGCAUGUCAUAUAAAAUAGAUGUGUACCCACGGGGGGCCAUAUUUGAUUAAUUGAGGCUGCACAGCGAGUCAUUUGCAUUAUUUCAGUCAGAAAGAGCCGACUCCGUCCAGAUGUUAGAACAAUCUCGCAGUAAUUUGCUCAGACACAUCUCUUAUUAAAAUCUGCCGGGAUCAUUAUGAAUUAUACAACAGAUAACUCUGGCCGGGGCAAUCCGAUUCCCCCCCCAAAAAAGAAACAUUCUUGAGCAGAACUUACAACGUCAUUUGCAUAAAGCACUAAUGGAUGUGCUAGAUGGAAAAUGAAUUUAAAUGCUAACCAGUGAGCCUGCAGUGAGGAAGUUAUCCAUCUUUGCUGAAGUCUAGCAUUCGCUAAUCUCAUCUGGGAGCGCUGCAGCCAUAUACGUGAUGCACUGUUGUGUGAAAGUUAUGCGUUUUUUGUUUUGUUUUUUGUUUUACCUUUGGGGAUGUGUUGCGUAAUCUGAUAAUGCAAACUACAGCGUUUGUUGUGGCUCCGCACUUUACCUUCUUUUGGACAUCUCAUGAGCCUAGAAAAGGAAUGCCCACUGGGACGAUGUUUCUAAAAUAAUAUGUGCUAAUGUGUAUUUGUCGAAGAACAGGCUGACAUAAUGUCGCAUAAAACCACUGGGUAAGCUGUAUCUGAUAAUAAUAACCUGCCGUUACAUAACAGUGUCACAGAUUCAACUCCCCGCUGUAUGUGCAUGAUGCAUUUUGUUUCCAACUCCAGUACUUUUGCAUGAUUCUUAUUUUUUUAAAUCCUUUUCUUUCUUUUUUUAAAACAGUGACAUUGUGUUGCAGCCCAGUAGUUCAAAAUGUCUCCUAAAUUCUCUCUAGUUCUAAAAAACAAUACUUAUAUCUCACAGUUUUCGUUGGAUGUAACCACUUAUAAAGUAAGCUGAGAUCAGCACCUCUUGCUGGGGGGAAAAAAAUGGAUUAUUUUACAGAAAAAUGUAUAUCAUUCUCAUAAAUGGAGGCAAAGCCUUCAGUUUGGUCUUUUUGAGCAUAAAUACUCCAGAUUAGUGUUUAAAACGCAGAAAAAAACAUUUUGAAUGAAAAUUAACUCGGGUAAAUAGACAUUUACAUCUAAAAUAGUGAUACAUUUACACUCUAGUGUUGUGUCGGUGUUGCUUUAAAGUACACAUUUAUUUAUUUAGCUCAGUUUUUGUCAGUUAACCCAUCAGAAGCUCACAAAGUCAUGAGAGCAUCAUCUGGCUCUCUCAAACAGCUAGAAGGCAUUAAGAUAUUAUUUUAGAAAUCCUAAACGACUGAAACCUGGAAAACAGAAAAGAAAUAAAGACAGAAGGAAAAAAGUUGUUUUGCUUCAUACAGCUUAUGUUUCGAUUUGGUCUCAACUGGAUAUUUUAAAAUUUAACAUGCGAUGCAACAAAAACAUCAAUACCCCAUUUGCCACUGAUCUCAUGCUGCAUGUUUAACAUUUACUUAUAUGUUUAUAUUUGAUAUUAAAAACCCCUCAUGUACAUAUCUGACAUAUAGUUGACUGUGAGAAGUCUGCAGAUUGCACUACAAAAUUGAUUCUUUUUUAUUUCACUUUGAGCCUAUAAUUGUCAUUAUAUUUUUGGGCAACAUUAUUGUUGAAAAGUUAUUGAUUUCAAUAACUCAGUUCACUAAGUGAAACAUAUAACUUUGAUAAAUGACACACAGACUGAUGAUUUCAAGCCUUUAUUUCUGCUAAUUAUGAUGAUUUUCUGCCUAAUGAUGAGGGAAAAAAAUUUCAGAUUAAAAUAUUACACUAGAGCAAUAUUUUAAAUAUAUAAAUGUGGGAUUAAUGUUUAAUACCUGCUUAAAGGUUAGUUUUAAAAGCCAAUUCUUUUAUUCUGACAAAUGACCCUCAUCAGAAAAACACAUAUUCUAAUAUGUUCAAUAUGACGGUACAUGUGUAUUUUAAAUAUCUUACUGCAUUCCAUAAUUACAAGAAAUAAAACAGGGCUAUUGUAGUUCUUAAAUACUACAAAUGUAAAAAUAAACAACAAAAAUAAAAUGUUCAGGUCAGAAAAAAAUAUUCACCAAAUACAAAAUGACAGAGCCAAGAAACAUUGAAUAAAAGAAAUGAGCUUAAGCUUUACUCAAAACCUUUUAAAAAUUGACAAAUAGAUGAGAGUUAAAAAAUGUAUUGGCAAAUAUGUAGAAUUUUUAACCAAUCCUUGCCAUUUUUUGGCACGUAUUAAAAACCAAAAUAGAUGUUUAUGGCUAAACUGAAAUACAUCACACAGUCCAGUCAUUUUGAGCUGAUUUACAAUUUACAGUUUGCUGAAUCUAAAAUUACAGCUAAAGUAAUUUUCUGUGACUAAAAUAAGCAAUUCUCUGUGAUAUUUACUGUCUAGAUGAACAUUUAAUGUUCCCUGCAUGCUGUUUUUAUUUUUUUUUCCAUUUAAGGAGCUAUAAGGCGAGCUGAAACGGACACAGCGGAGGGAAAAGCCACGCUUCGGUUCCGUUGCCUCCAUUUUCAUUAAAUAUUAAGCUCGCAUAAAUAAACGGGAACGUCUUCACAGAAGGGAGAACUUGUAUUGGUUUGGUGCCAGGGUUUUUUUUUUCUGUUCCUACAAGCGAUUCGGUUGCUGAGUAGAAAGAAAAAAGCAAAAACGCAGGCGCCUUCUGGUGCUCAAACCACAAACGAGUUACAGAGAUGAUGAUCAUGUUUAAGGAUGAUGAUCAAAGGGAGAUCAGUCGGCAACGUGGGGAAUUUAGACACUUUGUGGAUAAGAAUUAUGUAGAAGAUGAUCAAAAUGUGAUCAAAGCCGCAAAAUCACUUCUGACAUCCUAAACCGUUUAAUAACCUCAUUACAUAUGAAUUUAUCACGCGCUUUUCUUUUGAACAUCCUGACCGAUCUGAUGGAUUCCAUGGGAAACUCCGUUUUUUUUUGUUUAUGAGGCACAGGUGAUAAAUCUAGUAAAGAAAUAAUGCAAAAAUAACACGCAGAUAAUAAUAACAAAACUAUUUAUAACCCUUGAACUUUUCCAAAGUUCAAAUAAAGUAUUGUAUUUAUUUUUUCUAUGCGAUGGGACAACAGAAAGUAGUGCUAAAAAAUGUGAAGUGGAAGGAAAACUUUUUUUAAAAACUUUUUACCACAAAUGCAGCAAAUCAAACACCUCCACCAAACUGAAUCCUCUACCUACAUUUCCUCUGCGCUAUGUCUCGACCAGACAGUUUUAUUUUUUUUCUCCAUAUCUCUUCUAAAAUAAAACCUGAUCAAUCAGAUUAGGUGGAGAGCACCCAGUCUGUUCCCCCAUGGGAAUUGGAUUUAUGUCGGGACUUUGACUAUGCCAUCCUAACAUAUGAAUAUUGCUUAAAACCACUUUGUUACAGCUGUGGCUUUAGGACGGUAUUCAUGAUGUUUAUGUUGGGUUUUUUUUAGGUUUCCACAAGUUUUUCCUUCAGGGAUUGCACCUCAUUUAGCUCCAUCCAUGUUCUCAUAAAAGGCUUCCCCACAGCAUGAUGCUGCCAUUGCCAAAUUUCACCAUGGAGAUGGUGUGUUCAGGGCGUGAGUGUUAGUGCUUUGCAUGUAUGUUGAAAUGUGCAAUAAAUGGCUCUUGUUGCUUUCGCUCUGUCAUUCUUCCAUCAAGGCCAAACUUGGGAAACAGUUUAAUAACCCGACCCUGCUUCUCCAUAACAUGACGUCCUCUAAAUUAGGCAGCUUCUCUAAGUAUUUGCUUUGGAUUCUGUUUGUGGUUAUCAGAGUAAAGGGGGAAAUGGGAAAACAAAUCCUAAUCUUCCCACCACUUCACUGUCAUGCACUACUUUGUGUUGCUCUGCCAAACAAAACCCCAAUCAAAGCGAAGUGAACUUCCUGUGUCUAACAUGACGGUCGUCGGGGUGUGAAAACCUUUUUUUUUUUUUUUUGCGAGUCACCGUGUGCAUUGUGUUUGUUCACGUGUUUUUAAAGAAACAGGUGUGCAUCAGGAACAGCUGAGUUUGGAAGGCGGGUCGGAACAUGAGGCUGUUACUAUUACUUAAAUACUUUCCGUGGCAGUGGCCGCCUUCACUCUUUGACUCCUUUGGAUUAACGCUCAUUUAGUUUCCCAGUUUAAACGCGUUUGGCCGUCCCACAGACUCGACUCCCACACAUUUAGGGAUUCACUCUGCUUGUUACAGCAGCACUCGCUGUAUUCACCCCUGACACGAACAUCUUGCUAUGCAACCACUCCUGACUGACAGCCCCUGAAUAUAGCCAGGCUAUUAUUUCCCCUCUGCUUCCAGCCGGUGUGAUGAGCUCCGGCGUUGGACUUUCAGGACUAAAAUAUUUCAAACGAGUCCUUAUUUUUCACCUUCCCAUCCGACAAAAGGAAGCUUGUUUUAUAAAAAGAAGAAAAAAAAAAUUUCUCAAGCUGAAAUGACAUGUCAUCGAGCGUGUAAAACGGUUCUAACGGCGGUAAAAGUGAUUGUAAAUGAGAUGAUUUUGUUUUGUAAUGAGAGGAUUUUUAUUCGUGCGGAUUUUAAUCUUACGAGAGCUUUAAGAUGAAAACCCCGAGUCACGGGGUUGAAACUGUAUAUCUUUGAAUGUUAGAACUUGAAAUGAAAACAUGAACUUUUAUGAACAUUAAGGAGGUGAUAUUUUCCCUCUUUCUUUUUUUUUCUCCUGAUCCAGCUGAGAGGAUAUUUAUUUUUUACAACAGAUGUUUUUCUUGUACUUUGAAAAAGAAACAAAAAAUGUGAACGAUCUUAUUCUCUUGACUUGUUUUGUUCCACCACUGACACAGAUGAAUGAAAUGGUUUGUAAACUUUCUCUUAUAUUAUCACUUUGACUAUGUAUUUUCAUGUUAUGUUAAUAUGACACUGGCGACGCAUUUUGCUUUUGUUAGGUUCUAACAAAAUCACGUCGUUUUUAAUUGUAAAGUUGGCAUUUGUUUUUAGCUGAAAACUCGACAUUGCGUCACUAUUAGAGUCCAAAAGCCCGGAAACGGCUUGUGGGAGCCAGGGGGAACCAUCUCCCACACUCUUUGUUUCAAGGCCAUAAAUAUUUGACAAUUCAGAUCCUUAAAAGCAAUAUGUAGCUCUGCGCUUUAACAUUUAGACACACCUUGUGACGGAAAUGCUUAAACUACUGCACUAACCCAUCUCAUCGACCCUCACGUUACCUUGGAGAAGCAUGCAAACUCGUGCCUUUGUAUUAAUGUUCCCCCCAAAAACCCCGACUCCUUUUCCAGCCUGCAGACAGAAAUGUUCAUGAUCUAAAUUACCGUCGCUCCACUGAAAUGAUUUGAACAGAGAUCUAUUUUUGUGGUCAGCUCUAGAAAGCUGCCUAAAAGAAAAAAAAUAGAAGAAGAUACGGAUAUAAACAUAUGCACAAGUUAUAAAGCAAUGAUAGGAUUCUAUAUAAAGAGCAACGUUUGAAUUUGGUGUAUGUAUUAUGCACAUGCCUCUAUGUUAACACGUCCUGUGUUGGGAGAUGUACUAUUUCAAGCACAAUGGGAGAGCUCUUUGUUAUGAAAUGUGACAUACUGUGCUCUUCAUAAUAAAUAUUUUAUACAUAC